AUGAAAGCCUUUGAACUAUCACUCUUUGCAUUGGCCUCUACUGGCGUUAGUGCCGCGGUUUCAGUUGGAUCCUCAGUUACAACUGACCUCGGCACUUUCACCCUUACCAAAGGUGUAGCUUGCGCUUGUGCAAAACUUUCCCACUCAUUCGGGGGAGUUAUCUCUCCUCAUGGCGCCAAUUAUACCACCCAAGCAGCAGACCGCUACUGGGAUGUCCGAGCUGACUUGUCUCCGGCAUGCAUUUUCCUUCCUUCGACUCCGAAACAGGUUGCUGAAGCAGUCUCGAUCUUCGAAUCUUGCAAUGCACAGUUCGCUGUUCGCGGCGGAGGGCAUAUGAACUACCCCGGUUCAAACAACAUCAACGGCGGCGUCCUAAUGCCUCUCGAGAAACUCAACAAAGUCAAAGUCAACGCCGACACCGUCGAAGUCGGCCCAGGCCUUACAUGGUGGGACGUCGUGGAAGCCCUCGAUCCACAUGGCCGUGUCGCAAUCGGCGGCCGAAUGAAAACAAUUGGUGUCCCGGGCCUAACCCUAAUCGGCGGCUUCCACUACUUCAACAAUAAAUACGGAUACGCAAUGGACAAUGCAGUCAGCUACGAUGUUGUCCUUGGUAACGGGACGCAAGUCACCGCUAACCAAACUUCUCACCCAGAUCUCUUCUGGGCGUUGAAGGGUGGUGCAAACAAUUAUGGUAUCGUAACAAAGUUUACCUUGAAGACAUACGAUAUGCCCAAGAUUAGCACAACCAUUCAGGUAUUUAAUGAGAGUGGCAUUCCCAAGUUCCUCGACGCUGUCUGUGAGGCUGCCAAGCUCGAUGACGAGAAUUCUAUUGCGGCUGGGAUGGUUGCUACCGUUCAAUAUAACGCUACUACAAAGGUUGUGGAUGCUUCCCUGCUGGGUGCUCAAGAGGGUGUUAGCAACCCUCCUUCGCAAUUUGCGAACUUCUCAGCUAUUCCGGCUACUACUCGGAUCAAUGAGGUUACUACUAUGAAGAAAUGGGAAUCUGUUUUAGAUACCCCCAAGCAGAUGUUUCGGGUAAUGUUUUCCAUGAAAGCAGUGAAGCCAGAUGCAGAGGUGCUAUACUCGAUUUAUAAGGCGUGGAAAGACGGCGUGGAUACAAUUGCCGAUGUUCAGGGACUGUACCCAACAUUUGUGACUAAUGUCGCAUCUGCACCUGCUGCGCGGGUCGCGAAGACCAAUGGCAUUGGCAAUGUCUGGGGUCUUGAAGAUGAGCCUCUUAUCUGUUCGUAUGCCUCUGAAUAUUUUGAGUGGAUCUUAGCUAAUAAGCAAAUAGUAUGGCAGUUCAGUACUGGAUGGGACCUUGCCCAGGAUGAUCUCCGCGUUGAAGCUUGGUCUCGACAGCUUACGGAGCAUUUGCAUAGUAUCAACGUUGAGAAGGGAAUUGCGUCGGAAUUCGUCUACAUGGGCGAUGCGGGUGAGUGGCAGGAUCCUUUCGCGGGAUUCCCCACUGAGAAUGUUGCUCGGAUGCGUAGUAUUCGGGCGGAUUAUGACCCGUUGGGAGUUUUCUCGCGUUUAAACUGGGGAGGAUUCAAGCUGGGACUGUGA